UAAAACUGCAGCCCCGCCUUGCUCCCCCCUCCGCCGCCGCGUAGAAACCCUAGAGACCGCUGAGCACUCCGCCGCCGCCGCGCUUGCACCGCACCUCCUCGUCUUCGCGGGCUCCUCCCCUCCCGGAUCCAGGAUGAAGUUUGUUGCUGCCUAUCUGCUUGCUGUCCUCGCUGGCAACCCCAGCCCCUCUGCGGAGGAUCUGUCUGCCAUUCUGGAGUCAGUUGGCUGUGAAAUUGACAAUGAAAAGAUGGAGCUCCUGCUGUCCCAACUGAGUGGCAGGGACAUCACCGAGCUCAUUGCUGCUGGUAGGGAGAAGUUUGCUUCAGUCCCAUGCGGUGGUGGUGGUGUGGCUGUUGCGGCAGCUGCCCCUGCUGCUGGUGGAGCUGCUCCUGCAGCUGAGGCGAAGAAGGAAGAGAAGGUUGAGGAGAAGGAAGAAAGUGAUGAUGACAUGGGCUUCAGCCUCUUCGACUGAGCUGUGCAGUCAACGGAGUCCUCUUUUGGGUGGAAAAAUAGUUGUGAUGUUUGGAUUCUAGCCUUGUUUCAUGUUGGUGGAAUGACUGCUAGGUAGUAAUUCAGCUGUAACUUGCUAUCCUGGCUGGUGUUUUUACUGGUGAACCAGAGUUUUUCUAUCAAAUAUAUUAUGAAUUGGUUACCGAAGUCUCA